AUGUCUCCUACUAUACAAAAAAUUGACAGAACUGUUCAAGACAUUAAAAAUGUUCAAAAAGAACACCUAACUGAAGAAAAUACAGUAAAAAAACAAUACCAAGACGGUAUUUGGGUCUUUGGUUAUGGUUCCUUAAUCUGGAAACCACCUAUUCACUAUGAAGCAAAGCAAAUUGGAUAUAUUAAAAACUAUGUGCGUCGUUUUUGGCAAGAAGGGCAUGAUACCGUAACAUGGGGUGUUGCAUUUAAAAUCCCUUCUGAUGAUGUUGAAGCAACAAGAGCUUAUUUAGACCAUAGAGAAAAGGCAACUGUUAAGAAUGCUUUAGUCUAUAUUGGUACAACAGACAAUGAAGCCUAUGUUGGACCAGCACCCUAUGAAGCCAUUGCUCAACAAAUUCACGAUACUUACGGUCCAUCAGGAUGGAAUGCUGAGUAUUUGUUGAAUUUAGCCGAAGCACUUCGUGAAAUCAGCCCUGGUGUACGUGAUGAUCAUGUAUUUGAAUUAGAAGCCCGUGUAAGAAAAUUGAUUGAUGAUUCGCAAAAAGACAGCAAAAACUAG